UGCAUUCUUUUUACUAUUUUGCAGACAUCAACGAGUGUGAAACUGGAAAGCAUCACUGCGACUCCAAUGCUUUCUGUAACAACACUAAAGGCUCUUACAGUUGUACAUGCAAACCAGGAUUUUAUGGAAACGGCGUUAACUGCACAGGUAAAAUAAGGAAGCGAAAACCCUCAGCUGAUAUCACCAAAUAACCUGAUAGGAAAGCAUUUCUAUUCAACAAAUGUUUUCGAGUUCCAUUAACUAAGGCUUAUGUUAAAUCUUUAAAAGAGGUUCUAUAAAAUAGUUCCAACAUGAUAGUAUGUGAUAGGCGGCUUAUUUAUCGUUGGCAUACGAACAUGCUCCUUUGGGCGAGUUUGGGGUAGCCGUCAGCGGAAGCUGGCGAAUCCGGCGAUAAGAAAAGGGUGAUUAAACGUUAAAAAAAUAUUUGCACUAAUUCGACCACUAUCAAUAACUGGAUUCUAGGUUUUUGUCACGGAUUUUUUCCUUUUUUUUCCAUGACUAUAUUUUGCUAUCUGCCGCAAAAAUCUCCUCGUGCAACUUUCUGUCAUUUACUUUGUCGAAAUUAGGUAGUAAUUAGAAAAAGACUGGUUUAUCGUUCAUCUGGGAAUAUUCGUUACUUAGUUAUUCAUUGACGACGUUUUAAACUGCGUACUUCUAGUCUUCAUAUGUUAAUAGGCGAUUAUGUCAAGUGUGGGUGGGCUAACAAAACUAAAGGCUCUUACAUUUGUACAUGCAAACCAGGAUUUACCGGAAACGGCGUUAACUGCACAGGUAAAACAA